UCUGCUGCACAUAAGUCGAAUUUAGAGCAACAUGUUGCAAAACACAGUGGCGACAAACCCUACAUGUGUGGAGAGUGUGGGUACAGAGCAUCUCGAAAGAAUAACUUAUCCCUACACAUGAGAACACACACAGGAGAAAGACCCUACAAGUGUGACCAGUGUGACUAUUCUACUGCACACAAAAAAUGUUUGGACCAACAUCUAGCCAAACACACUGGUGAGGAACCCUACAAGUGUGGGGAGUGUGGGUACAGGACAGCUGACAGGUCUCAAUUAUCUCGACACAUGAGAACACACACAGGGGAAAAACCCUACAAGUGUGACCAGUGUGACUAUUCCGCAGCCCUGAAACAUCAUUUGAUCGACCAUCAAACAAAACACUCUGGUGAGAAACCCUACAUGUGUGGGGAGUGCGGGUACAGGGCGGCUCAAAGAUCUACCUUAUCCAAACACAUGAGGACACAUACAGGAGAGAAACCCUACAAGUGUGACCAGUGUGACUAUUCUGCUGCAGAUAAGUCCAAUUUGGCCACACAUAUAAAAAAGCACACCGGUGAGAAACCCUACAUGUGUGGGGAGUGUGGGUACAGGGCUAAUUAUAAAGCAAGCUUAUCUCGACACAUGAGGACCCAUACAGGAGAGAAACGCUACAAGUGAGGCCAGUGUGACUAUUCUGUUGCAAAGGAAUCCACCUUUUACUGACAUGUAAGCAACCAUACCGGUAAAAUGACCUAGAUGUGUGGAGUGUGCGGGUACGGAGCAACUCAAAUGUCUUAAUAGCCAAGCAUAUAAGAACAUACAAGAGAAAAAAUACAUCUAUAACUAUUUUUAGUGUUACUUUUUGCAUCUAGGACAUCUCACCUUUAUCUACUUUUCAGAAGACAUACGAAACAAACUAAAUUUGCAAGUGUGGCAACUGUUACAAAUGCACAGCAAACAGCUUUACCUACCUACAUAGUCCCUUCACAUGGUCAUUUU